AAGAGUGUAGCAUGAAAUCUCAGUCUUGGAAGGGUUUGGGUAAGGUCGGUCAAGGAAAAUGGGCAUGCUCUUCUUGCAGAAGGAAGGAGAAGACUAGCCAAUCUCAGGAAGAUGAGUUAGUGACACAAGAUAUUGCUAGUAAACUUGAUAGUCUUAUGGACAUCAUUCCAUCCGUUGAGCAGAUCAAGAACUCCUUAUGGUUUAUGACAAUGUUCUUAAUAUUGAUCGUGGCCAUCUUCUUCGUUGGAUGUAGCCUCCAGGGGCCAGUGCCCAAUGCACCCAAGGGUACAAGAAUGGAAACUCGGCUUGCCAAGACAUGGAUGGCGAUGGAACAUGAGAUGCCCAAAGAAGAACCCGAAACUCCAGAACCUGAAACCCCAGAACCCGAAACUCCAGAACCCGAAACCCCAGAACCCGAAACUCCAGAACCCGAAACCCCAGAACCUGAAACCCCUCCUCCAGAGUCCAAAGAACCCAAGCCGUACUACUCAUCUGCCUAAGAAGCUAUUUAACGUUUUCUGUUUCCUAAGCUUUACCAAUAAAUUGUUUUAUUUUCCGCCCUGGAAUAUA